AUGAGUUUUAGUGAUAAUGCAUUAAAUCUGAUAGCAGAAGCAUAUCCUAAUUUAAAAUAUCUCAAUUUGUGGAAUAUUCAAGCAAUAACUGAUAAAGGUCUAUGUGUAAUUGCACAAUCAUAUCGAAAAUUAGAAUUUCUGUACAUAUCUUAUUGUAAAGAUAUUACCGAUGAAUCUUUGUUUGAAAUCGCAGAAAAUUGUCAUCUUUUGCAAGAGUUUCAUAUUGCCGAAGCUCAUUGUAUUACAGAUAAAUCUAUAAGUUACAUCAUAAACUCAUGCCCAAAUUUACAAAAUCUUGAUAUUGCAUAUAGUAAGGAGGAUAUCAAAGAUGCUAGUAUGUUAUUACAAAGAUGUCUCAGCAUAGAGUAUCUUAACUUUAGUGGGGCUAUGGCUUUGUGGAAUGAUGAAUUGAUUAUAGCCAUCAUCAAAGGAUUUCUGAAUUUAAGAUACUUAGAGAUCGGUCAUAAUGAUAUUGGUGAUGAGAUUAUUGAAGCGUUGGCUUAUACAUGUCAUAAUUUAGAGCAUCUUGAACUAGAUGGUUGUUCAUUUGUCAGUGAACUAUCAAUUUCUGAACUUAAAUCCGGGAAUGCUGAGUAUGUCAAGCUUAAGGCUGAGUUUAUAAAUUCUAUUAAAAAAGAUUAUACUGAUUUUGAGGCCCAUAUAGUAAAAUUAAAGCAUCUUAGUUUGGAACAGCCAGAUCGUCUUGAGA